CGAUGUUCAUUAAAAGCAUAUUCUUUACCUUUUUACCUUCAUGUUAUACCUUCCAUGAUUUUUAAGCUUUUUGUCAGAGUGAUAGGGAAGUAAACAUAAAGCAAAACGCUGCGUAAUCGCAAGCGUGGUGAAUCAGAAUCUGAUUUUCCAUCAGAAUUGAUCUCCAAUAAAGAACAAGCAGAAGCGGGGAAGAAGGAAAAUAAAUAGAAGAAAAAAAAUGGAAAAAGUGAUGAAUGUAUUGAAGCCGAAGCCCAAUCCACAGCAAUUGCUACGAGAUUGGCAGCGUCGCCUCCGCCAAGAGUGCCGCAAUAUUGAACGCCAAAUCCGAGAUAUACAGAGGGAAGAGAAGAAUGUGCAGAAAGCGAUCAAAGAGGCAGCUAAGCGGAAUGACAUGGGUUCAGCUAAGGCGCUUGCAAAAGAACUUGUGAGAUCUCGGAAAACUGUGAAUCGCCUUUAUGAGAACAAGGCUCAGUUGAAUUCGAUAUCAAUGCAUCUCGGAGAAAGUGUUGCUGUCGCUCGAACUGUGGGACAUUUGUCCAAAAGUGCUGAAGUGAUGAAGAUGGUCAAUAACCUGAUGAAGGCUCCACAAAUGGCUGUGACAAUGCAAGAAUUUAGUAAAGAAAUGACCAAGGCUGGUGUGAUUGAGGAGAUGGUCAACGAGGCCGUUGAUGAUGCACUGGAUUCUGAGGAUAUUGAAGAGGAGACCGAGGAAGAAAUCGACAAGGUUCUAACAGCCAUUGCUGGAGAGACUGCCGCACAACUUCCUGAAGCCGUUAGGAAGCAGAAACUAAAGCAACCUGCCACGAGCGAGGACGUAGAGGAAAAUGUCGAUGACGAGGAAGAGAUGGAAGAGAUACGAGCUCGGCUUGCCAGAGUUCGUUCCUAGGUCCUGACCUCACUCAAAUCUAGCCAUUCGAUAAAAUCACACAACUAUGCAAAAAUAUGAUUCUUGAUGUCAUAUAUGUAUGAGAAAGAAAUAUCCUUGCGUCUUCAAGAUUUCAUCUUUGUACACAUAUUGUCCUUUUUACAUGUCUCUUUUAUUAUCAA